AUGCAGGUUGAGUACGCGGCGCUGAUGCAGAACCGGACAUGGAGCCUCGUUCCCCGACCGCGUGGCGCCAACAUUGUCACUGGGAAGUGGCUCUUCCGUCACAAGUUCAAAGCUGAUGGGAGCCUGGAACGCUACAAGGCGAAAUGGGUGGUCCGUGGAUUCUCCCAACGCCCCGGUGUGGACUUCGACGAGACCUUCUCGCCGGUGGUCAAGGCGGCCACCAUUCGCGUCGUCCUCUCCGUCGCUGCCGCGCACAACUGGCCGGUGCACCAGAUGGACCAACCCGUCGGGUUCGUCGACGCCAGCCACCCCGACCACGUCUGCCUCCUCGACAAGUCGCUCUACGGCCUCAAGCAGGCACCGCGGGCCUGGUUCGCGCGGUUCGCCGCCUUCGUCCGCACCAUCGGCUUCCGCGACUGCCGCUCCGACCCGUCGCUGUUCGUCCUCCAAAGUGGCGAUGGCGCGGCGUACCUACUACUGUACGUCGACGACAUCGUCCUCGCGGCUUCUUCGUCGACGCUCCUUCAUCGCCUCCAACAGCAGCUGUCCGCGGAGUUCUCCAUGAAAGACCUCGGGCCAUUACACUACUUCAUGGGCAUCGCCGUGACCAGGGACGCCCGAGGCUUCUUCCUUUCACAGCGUGGCUACGCUGAGGAACUUCUGGAGCGCGCCAACAUGGUCGAGUGCAAGCCUGUCUCGACCCCCGUCGACACGCACUCCAAACUCUCGGCCACGGACGGCUCGCCGGUGACCGAUGCGUCGGAGUAUCACAGCCUUGUGGGUGCACUACAAUAUCUCAUGAUGACGCGGCCGGACAUCGCCUACGUCGUUCAGCAGUGCUGCCUCGUCAUGCAUGACCCACGCGCCGCCCACCUUGCUCUGGUGAAGCGUGUGCUCCGUUACCUCCGCGGCACCACCGACCACGGGCUGCACCUGCAUCGCUCGCCGUCGCUCGACCUGGUUGCGUACUCGGAUGCCGACUGGGCCGGCUGCCACGAUACGCGGCGCUCUACUUCCGGCUACGCCGUGUUCCUCGGUGACUCCCUGGUCUCCUGGUCGAGCAAACGACAGGCCACGGUCUCACGCUCCAGUGCGGAAGCCGAGUACCGCGCCAUCGCCAACGCGGUCGCGGAGUGCUGCUGGCUCCGGCAACUUCUCGGCGAGCUCCGCAUCCCGCUACCCAAGGUGGCGCUGGGCGAGUUCUGUGUCCUCCACGUCCCAACCAAGCAGCAGUUCGCCGACGUCCUGACGAAAGGGCUCCCCACGCCGGCGUUCCAAGACAGGUCCAGCUUGUGCAUCCGACCACCGGAUGCUGCAGCUGCGGCGGGGUGUUGA